UUUGGCGAUUGACAAUAAUGAAACUAGCAUGACAACUUUUUGUUACAAAAAAGUUAAGUUCCCAUUAUUAGAUAAGGCCAUGCAACUUUGGGUUGAGCAGGUUAUAAGUGAUCAAAUAUUUUUAACAGAUUUAAUCAUUAAAGAAAAGUCUGUAUUUUUUGCUUGGGUAUUAGGUUUGCCAGAUAGCGCAUUAAAAUUUUCUAAUGGUUGGGUCUAUAAGUUCAAAAAACAGAAUAAGCUACAAAACUAUCGGUUAUAUGGAGAAGCUAAUAGUGCAUCGAUAGAAAUACUUCCAGAACAAAGAAUAAAAUUUUGUAAAAUAAUAAAAGAAUAUCCAUUAGAAAACGUUUUUAAU